AUGGCAUCGAAAAGAGGUCCAGUCGGUCCGCCAAAAACGAAGGAUCGCGGUCCGGCGAGCAAAGAAGACACCCAGACUGAUUUUGCUGCCAUGAACGUGCUUGGUAAUACGCCCGCUCCGACAACCGCUAUUGACGCUUGCGCACACGACGGCUUUGCUCUCAACUCGGGCCUCAAGAUCGCUGGUUCUGGUGUUCUACUUGUUGGUGGAGAUGCUUUCAAUUGGAAGCCUUGGAUCAGGGAGGGCCGGAAGGAAGGCACCAUUGGCGAAGGCGCUAUGGGCGACGACGUUAAGGGUGUCUCGAGUGUUGGAGGCACCUUGCGCAACAAGAAGGGUCAAUGGGAGGUGGCCGAGCACAGUUGGGGUUUGCUCGAUGCAGUGUGGCCCAAGCCCGAUCUUCUUAUUCUGGGCACUGGUCCCUCAAUCUUGCCAGUAUCGCCUGAGACGCGAAAGCAUAUCAGCGACCUGGGCAUUCGUCUAGAGGUUGCAGACACGCGUAAUGCUGCCUCACAGUUCAAUCUUCUAGCCACCGAACGUGGUGUCCAACAGGUUGCUGCUGCGUUAAUACCCAUUGGAUGGAAGGAGGGCACCCAAUGA